UAAAAAAAGAAGAAGGAGAAUUAUUAAACGUUAUGCGUCUGAAUAUGGAAUAUCCUGGAAUCGAGUGUAUAUUUUUUAGUGAAUUUCAUCCGACGUUGGGUCCAAAGAUCACAUAUCAGGUUCCAGAAGAAUACAUAUCGAGGGAGCUGUUUGAUACUGUUCAAGUGUACAUCAUCACCAAACCAGAACUGCAGAACAAGCUUAUAACAGUGACUGCCAUGGGGAAGAAAUUGAUUGGCUGUCCAGUAUGCAUUGAGCAUAAAAAAUACAGCAGGAAUGCCUUACUCUUCAACUUAGGUUUAGUAUGUGAUGCCAGGACAAAUACCUGUGCUUUAGAACCUAUUGUCAAAAAGCUGUCUGGCUAUCUAACAACUCUGGAGCUUGAAAGUGGAUUCAUUUCAAAUGAGGAGAGUAAACAGAAGCUGUUGCCUAUCCUGUCCACACUUAUGGGAGAACUUAAUGUUAAAAGAGCCUGCACACUACCUAUUGAUGACUCCAACACCAUUCACCUGAAGCUGAUUAAACAAAGAAAGGAUCCUUUGGUUGUUCAGGAGUAUGAUGUGCCAGUAUUCACUAAGAAUAAGGACUACUUCAUAAAGUCACAGUGGGAUCUCACCACACAGCAGAUCCUGCCUUUUGUAGAUGGGUAUCGACAUGUACAAAAGAUCUCUGCUGAGGCUGACGUUGAGCUUAAUUUGGUGCGGAUUGCGCUUCAGAAUUUAUUAUAUUAUGAAGUUGUAACACUGGUAUCCAUAUUUCAGUAUUCAAAUGUUUACUGCACAACACCUGAAGUUCAAAGCUUAACAGACGAUAAAGACCUUCAGGAGGAGUGUUUAUGUUACGUCAGUAAACCAGGCCAGAAGACAAAUCUUAGGGACGUGUUUCUGUUGUAUUGCGGUUUAACCCCUGGUACAACUGUACGUGAUCUAUGUUCCCGCUAUUCUCACCAGCUACAAAGGGUGGAUGAAAGGAAGUUGAUUCAGUUUGGCUUGAUGAAAAAUCUGAUUCGUCGGCUGCAGAAGUAUCCAGUCAAAGUUGUUAGAGAUGAAAGGAGCCGUCCUCCUAGACUUUAUACUGGCUGGCAUAGUUAUGAUGAAAUCUGCUGCAAAACUGGAAUGAGUUACAAGGAGUUGGAUGAACGCUUAGAGAAUGACCUUAAUAUUGUUGUUUGCUGGAAAUAAUGUAGUAAAGAUAAAACAGGAUUAUGAUGUGAGACAUACAAUAGUAAAGUAAUACAUGUAAAAAGAUACAAACUGUGCAGUGUGUUUUUGUUGUCAAGCAUCUGUGUUUUUUUUUUUUUGUUCUGUACAUAUUGUAUAUCAACUGUCCAUAUUAAAAUCUGAUGCUAACAUAGAUUAAAAUUAGAAAUUUAAAGACUGCUGAGUAGUAGUGGUACAUACAUGCUAAAAGUACUUUGGUUUUGCUUUAAAUAAUACUUGUAUAUAACGUGUUUUGGUAACACUACAAAAUGGUUCCCUUUAUCAACAUUAGUUACCUACAUUAGUUAACAUGAACUAAUAAUGAAUGAUUUCCCGCAGCAUUUAUUAAUUUUAACAUUUACUUAUGCGUUUUAAAAAUAAAAACUUAAUUUGUUAUCUGUUAACAAUAACCAUGAACAAACAAUGAACAACUGUUUGUAUUAAUCCACAUUAGCAAAGAUUAAUAAAUGCUGUAUAAAAUGUUGCUUAUCACAAGUUAAUGUUAGCCAGUAAUGUUAACAAAUGUUAACAAAUGGAACCUUACUGUAAAGUGUUACCCAUGGAUAUCUUUUACAAAUCAACUAUCAUUUAAAAAUCUGUUUUUCCACAUUUAUAAGGGUAAAAUCAGACACCAUUGUCACUGUUUGGUUUUCCUAGCAACUGCUAUAUGAUGUUGGGAUCUUUCUUUAAAAAAUUAUUUUUAUUUGAUUUGGGAGUAUUAUACCUCUAACAAUCAGAUGUUUCUUAUAAAGGAAAAGUACAUUGAAUACAUUUAGUUUACAGUUGUUCAGAUGUUGUUUUUUUACAGUGUAAUGAAACUGUUUACUUUUUACAAAUGUUCCUUAGAAUAACUUUGCUCACAGUAAAAUAAUAAAUAGGGUACAUGUAUAUUGUAAUACUGUGUUUUAUCAUUGUCAUAUGUAAUGCCUAUAAAUAAAAACAGAAUCACACUUGGACAUUGUUGUCAGUUAGCCUAUGGCUCAUGGUUAUUAAAAUACAGAAGGCACAAAUUUUA